AAUCUAAAAAUAGAGAUGAAACAUUCACCUGUGUGUGCUCAGUGGUGCUUGCAGGAAUAGUUUAUGCAUGCAGCAGCACUAUGAGGUGAUGCAUUUGAGCCCAAACAAAUUAUUUGAUCAUAGCAGCACCACACCACACUCACACAAAUGGCAAAUGGAAAUAAUACAGUUCGUGACCCUGAUGUGAAAAGGAGAUUUGAGGGCAGGUAGAUGCAGAUGGAAAAGGAGAAGCAUUGAGGAUUAGGGUUGGAAAAUUUCAGGAAUUUUUAAAGAUGGGCAUUUCCAACUCUCUGGGAAUGUAUGGGAAUAAAAGGAAAUAAACCAGGAAAUUAUAAUUUUUUUUAAAUUGAAGGUUGGCUCCUAAUAGGGAACUUAAAACUAUUAGGGCAAACUACGAGCAAUCGCUUAGUGGAUUUGUUUUGCGACCCAAGAUUUGGGGUACAAGCGAGUUUCAGCUACGGCGCAGCUUGAGAGAAGUGGGAGACAAGUUGAAUCAGUUAAGGUAAUGUAAUACCCUGGCAUGUGGGCAAGGAGAGCAAUCCAUUUUGAAUGGAUGUCUGCUUACUUAUGAACAAAAUGGUUAUAUUUAUGCUGGAAUACGAUACCUUAAAUUGAAUUAAAUUAACUUCGAUUUCCAGUUAAAUCCCAUGGAGAGUUUCCUAUUUGUAAUAUUCCCAAAAUCUCCGUUUUAACUUUCUUUAGAAAUUUACUGGAAAUUCUCCACCCAUUUGCAACUCUAAUAAAGAUUGUUGUCCCGGAGAAAUGAUGGUAAGGAGGCAAAAAUGACUGAAAAAGGGACACGGAAUGAGGAUUUAGAGGGUGAGAAAACACACAUAAGGAAGGACGGGUGCUUGUGGAUGUAAAGUGAGCGUUAUCCCUAAAUGGCCAUGUUGAAAAAGAGGAGGAAGGUCAGCGCGCUACAGGUAGAAAGGGUGAGACGUAAAGCACAGGAGGUAUAGGGUGUCACCUAAAAGGCCGAGAGAUAGCGAGUGAGGGCAGAGGUGCAGGAACUUAAUCCCGGGGGCGAGACAAACAAUGAUAAAAAGCCACAAAGAGAGAAAUUUGCACUGAAGAAGGCGCAACAGCGAGGACACAAGCGAAGGAAACGCUCGGCUCAGAUCUGGCCCACGGGGUGAAGGGUGGACAAACAUUUAGGUUUGAAUUUGAGAGCGCAAAGACGAAGCAACUUUUGAGGGAAACCCCGAAUUCUAAGAACCUUUUUUUCAACUGACUGAAUCGGAUUUUUGCACUAUAAAAAUACAAAAAAAGAGGAGAGCAGCUACGAGGGACAAGAGAGGGAGGGGGAGAGCGAACGGGAGAGAGAGAGGGUGGGUGCGCCCGUGUCGGAGCGAGAUGUUCAUGAUCAUUCGAGAGUCGACGGCUGCGGGAGGCGGUGCUGCAUCCAUGAGCGUGCCACAGGAGAGGACCACCAAACAGGUGCAGGCCGCCAUCAAAAAGAAAGUCGAAAAGCGGAGGAAGCAUACCGGCGAGCAGGGAGAAGGCAUCACGCCAGACAUCCAAGUGUCCGCACCUCAGGUCAUCCACCAUCAGAGAGGCGGCCAAAUCCCAAAGACGGCUUACGAGAACGGGCGGACGCUGGAGCAGAGGCUGGAGGAAAUGAUGGAGGGAGCGCAGAGGAAAGACAACGUCAGAGAGGAGGUGGAGGAGUAUGAGUCUGUCGACCUGCUGCCCAUCGUGGACUCUGUGUUUGGACAGGGGGUGUCAGAGGGGUCCCUGGGGAGUGAAGUGAGGGCCCCCCGGGGUGCACAACAGCAGAAAGGGGAAGAUGAAGAAGAUGAGGAAUUGAAGGAGCAGCUGUUCAAAGAUCCUUUCAGGACGUUGGUGAAGAACAGCGACAUGCUGCGAAACAUCACGGGCCCCGCCUGCGUUUUUCUCAAGCGAGGCUUUUCACUGACGCUCGACCGAGAGUUGAGACCCGAGGAGAUGGAUGAGCUCCACGAAGCCUUUUUGGAGUUUGAUAAGAAUAAGGAUGGCUACAUCAGUCAUAAAGACCUGGGGGAGUGCAUGAGGACCAUGGGAUACAUGCCCACCGAGAUGGAGCUCAUAGAACUCAGUCAGCAGAUUUGCGGAGGCAAAGUGGACUUUGAAGAUUUUGUGGAGCUGAUGGGACCCAAAAUGUUGUCAGAGACUGCAGACAUGAUUGGAGUGAAAGAACUACGUGAUGCAUUCAAAGAGUUUGACUCCAACGGCGACGGUCAGAUCAGUUUAACGGAGCUACGUGAGGCCAUGAAGAAGCUGAUGGGGGAACAAGUGACCAACAGAGAGAUAAACGAGAUUCUCAGAGACGUUGACCUCAACGGCGACGGUUUGGUUGACUUUGAGGAGUUUGUGAGAAUGAUGUCCCGGUGAUGUGAAACACAUCAUGGAUGGAUUUCAACAAACAAACCAGGGAUCAUACUACACUUUCUUUGUCUGCAGCUACAGUAUUUUAGUUUUAUAUGAAAAAUACAAAUAAUUUUUAAAAAUCAGAUUAAAAGUGAUGGAAAUUUUAUGACAUAUUUGGGCUAAAAUGUUGGGACACACUUUUUUAAUACUGUAACUUCCAUGAUUGCAAUGUUACCAAAAGCCAUGAUUGGAUGGGUUUGGUGUUAAAGAAAUUGGAAUCUGGGAUAAAUAAGAACAGCUAGAGAGAGCAAUUUAACAAAUACAUCCCUUCACAUCAUGGUUAAAAAAAAAUCAAACUUUUAUUUGUUUAUUUUCACUUUCUGUGGAUAUUUUUGUCAAUAUACAAUACAUUACACACUGUAUGCAUCAAAUAUUUGAGUAUAAUAUUCGGUUUGUACAGCUGUAAUGAAAAGUUUUUUUUAA